UUCGGCUCCCAAGCUCGUGUUCAACAGGGUGAACGGCAAGAGACCUCCACUGAUGCCACAGCAAACGGCAGCCACAGAAGAAAGCUACACGUUGGCUCACGAAGAAAAUGUCCGGUUUGUGUAUGAAACCUGGCAACAGGUAGAGCAACAGUUGUACAACAGCUGCCCAGGAGAAAACGGAUCCGGCCCCAUACAGUACACAGAGAAAACACCCAGCCCUGAACUGAAAGGUUUUGUGCCAAUAGAUCUUGAAGACUGGUGGGCACAACAAUUCUUGGCCAAAAUCGAGAAUGGCUCUUAACGCAGGGGGCGGUAGAACGAUUUUAAAAUUAAAACGCUAAAAUGUAAUGUACCCCCAAGGCCUGCCCCUGCCCGAGUGGAGAGAGAAUGAGAAGGCACGGGGACCACGGCAGCCACGCUUUUCCGCCCCCACCCGUGGCAAGGGGCAGGAAGGAGGCCAGACUCUGCCCGGCCGUGCUGCGUCAGUGCUGGGCUUUGCACAAGGAAGAUUCCUGGAGACUGCGAGUUCUGGAAAUGCCGUGGCGAUGUGGGAGGAAACCUGGGGAGGGGCCGGUGACCCCCGCUGUUCUCCCACUUUGGGCUGGCACCCUACGGCGAGCCUGUGGUGCAACCUGUAGCCGGGACUGUGUUCAAAAUAAAAGCGCUGAUGACGCCAGUGGAUUGAA